GCCGCGAUGGCCUCGCAGAACGCGAAUCCCGCAGCCGUGCCUAGCGCGGCCGCCCGCAAAGGGGCCGAGGCGGGAGGCACGGCCGCCCGCGGCUCCGUGGGGAAGAGGCUGCAGCAGGAGCUGAUGGCGCUGAUGAUGUCCGGUGACAAGGGCAUCUCUGCCUUCCCCGAGUCCGACAACCUCUUCAAGUGGAUCGGCACCAUCGACGGUGCCGCCGGCACGGCCUACGAGGACCUGCGGUACAAGCUGUCCCUGGAGUUCCCCAGCGGGUACCCCUACAACGCGCCCACUGUGCGCUUCCUCACACCCUGCUACCACCCCAACGUCGACACCCAGGGCAACAUCUGCCUCGACAUCCUCAAGGACAAGUGGUCCGCCCUCUACGACGUCCGCACCAUCCUGCUCUCCAUCCAGAGCCUGCUGGCAGAGCCCAACGUCGAGAGCCCCCUGAACACGCACGCGGCCGAGCUCUGGAAGAACCAACCUGCCUUCAGGAAGUAUUUGCGGGAAACAUACGCCAAGCAGACCAAGAGCCAGGAAACCUGACCCCCUUCCCACCUCCCUUCCCACGCAGCAGCGCCUGUCUCUGCUGCCCUCGGGUCUCCGCUCUCUCUGUCCCGCUGCUCUCUGCAGCGUUCUGUAUCAUAGGCUGUUUUUAAAUUAAUUCUGCAGUACGAGCCACAGCUAAUGUAUAA